UAGGAUUGAUUCAAAACUUAUAACUACCAUGUUUCGUUCUCCAUCCUGCCUUGCCUCUUUCUAUCAAAGGAGAAUAGCCACGCGUCUUUAUAAAAAAAGGAACACAGAUAAACAACCACAACGACCACCAUGAAACUCCUGAGCAAGGAAGAUGAAGAAGCUCAUUAUAAGGAAGUUGCCACAGGAGGCACCAUCGGCACCAUCCUCGGUCUCAUUGGUGGUGCGGCAGGAAUCAUGGCCGCUUCGAAAAGAUACCAGAUGAUUCGCAAUCUGACACUGCCCAUGAAGUCCUUCCUAGUCACCUCGUCGGGAACAUUUACGGGUAUCAUCGCAGCCGACCGCUCAUCACGCGCAUUUGAAAACCAACGUAACACUCAAGUGCAGUGGUACCUGAACCGCUCGAAACAGCUGGCCGCGCAGGCGCCGUCUGGCCACACCAUGACUGAGCGAAUGCUGGCCUGGGGCUACGCCGAGAAAUACAAGAUCGUCGGGGUGACGUGGGUAGCCUCGAUGAUAGGAUCCUUUGUGGUUGUAAGCCGGAAUGCACAUCUGACGGUUCGUCAGAAACUCGUUCAAGCGCGGGUGUUUGCGCAGGGCUUGACGCUGGCGGUAAUGGUGGCGACUGCCGCGCUGGAGAUUUCAGAUCAGAAGGCAAAGAAGAAAAAAGACGACACAGCAGCAUUGGAGAAGGACAAGGCGUCUCCUUCAACACUUCAAGAUGCCGGGGGACUGGCCGCGCCGCAGUCGGUCAGAAUGAAGAACCACCAGGAUGAUGUGUGGAAGGACAUGGUUUCAGCCGAGGAGAUGUGGUCGAAGCAGAGGCAUCAGCAAGCGCAUCCUGAGCCCGACCCGGAGCAUGCCAAAGGAAAGUCAGAAGUCUGGGAGAAUCCAGAUGAAAAAUAGAGAAAUACACUCUCGCUCUCCUUUCGUCUUUCUUUCCUGUUUUUCUCCCCUUUUCUCCCCUCUCGGACCAUUUUCAAGUUUCUUAUAUCUGUAUUUGUAUUCUACUUUUCCCCUUGAUUUAUUCCUAGCCAUGAUGCAAUAGAUACUACACGAGUUACAAACCG